CGUAUCUUUGAAGUAGAACGCAGAAGGCAGAACAAUUGUAUUUUGGAUUCCUUGCCGUGCGGAUGCGGAUCGCGUCGCGUAGUCAGAAAUACAGCAAACAGAAAACAGAACAGAAAACAGAGAAGAAGAAAAAUAUAAACUGAAACACUGAAGCAACACUCUAAUAAUAAUCACAAUAACAAUAAUAAUAAUAAUAUUCAAACAUCCAUUUCACCGUGUGUUUUUUGUGCCAAGAAAAAAAAAAAGCGAAUUUCAAACAAACAAAACAACAUUAUUUUUUUUUGUCGUGCUUGUGUUCUUGUGUGUGGCAAAACAACAUAAUAACUUUUUAGCAGCAGAGCGAAAAAAAAAAGAGUUUUAUAUACUUUUUUUUUUUGUUUCUCCAACAACGACAACGGCGACGACGACGACGACGGCGACGUUAACGUGUUUUGUUGUUACGCUCACUUGUCUCUCAGUGUGUGUUGUUGUGCCAGGGCUGCCAGAUCGCGAGUUAUGAAAGCGCAGCGCGUCGCCAGCGUCGCACGCCAGCAACAACAACAGCAGCAACAGCAGCAGCAACUUUGACAAUAACUAAAUAACAAUAAUUAUUAUACACAACAAAAUAAAAGAAUAAAACUAUUUUUGAUACACUACAAAAUAUACAACAACAAAAAGAAACAAGAAUUAUGGAUAACAGCAGCGAACAAAGUUCGACAGUCAACGGCAACAGCAACAACAGCAACAACAACAGUUCUGCAGCAGCAACCGCAGCAGCAGCGAUGGCAGCAGCAGCCGCUUUAAGCUUUAACCAACAGAAGCAACAACAGCAGCAACAGCAACCGCGUCACCUUAAGGAGCCAGCGGCAGCAACUGUUGCUGCUGCGGAGCGACAACAGCAAUCGCCGUCGGAGAGUUGCAACACAAAUGCAAAUGCAAACGCUUGCAGCCCCAAAAUGGGUUCGCGUCGCAUCUUCACGCCGCACUUUAAGCUGCAGGUGCUCGAAUCGUAUCGCAACGACAACGAUUGCAAGGGCAACCAACGUGCCACAGCCCGCAAGUACAACAUUCAUCGCCGUCAGAUACAAAAGUGGCUGCAAUGCGAGCCCAAUUUGCGUUCUUCGGUGGCCAACAAUCAGCAUCAGCAGCAGCAACAGCAGCAACAGUUGCAGCAGCAAUCCCAAUCGCAGCAGCAGCAGCAAUUGCAACUACAGCAGCAGCAGCAACAUCAACAACAGCAGCAACAACAGCAGCAGCAGCAACAACAAUCGCAACAACAAUCGGCUGCCUUGAAGACGCAUCAAUUUCACAACUUGCCACAUCCGUUGGCGCAUCACGUGCACCAUCAUCAUCAUCAUCAUGCUGCCGCUGCCGCAGCGGCAGCCGCUGCUGCUGCCGCCGCUGCUGCUGCGCAUGCGCAUCACUUUUUGGCCAACGGUUUUGCGACGGCGCAUCAUCAUCAUCAUCAUCAUUUGGGGGCGCCACCGCCGCCGCCACCGCCACCGCCGCCAACACAGCAGCAGCAGCCACAGCAGCAGCAACCACAACAAUUGCAUGCGCCUGUUGCCAUGUUGCCGACAUCGAAUGGCGACAAAGCUACCAGCAAUGGUUGCCACAACAACGGCAGCAGCAGCAACAGUUGCGAGGCUGCCAACAGUGCCACAGCGUUGCCAUAUAGUUCAAACUCCCAAGUGCCAAACAUCAGCAACAUCAGCAGCAGCAGCAACAGCAGCAGCAGCAACUCCUCCGCCAGCAACAACACCGUCAGCAACUCCUCCAGCAGCAACAGCCACAACAACAACAACAACAACUCGAGCAACAUGCCAGCAACACUCGCGUAUGCCGCGUAUCUGCCACAGUUGCAUGCAGCCGCUGCUUAUUUGCCAGCGCCGCAGUUGGAGUUGCGUCUGAAGCCGCCAGCAGCCACGCCCACCGCGCCCAUGGAUCUCUCGCUCAGCAGCGCAGCGCGUCGCCAACGCGAGCAACAACAGCAGCAGCAGCAACAACAGCAACAACAGCAACAACAGCAGCAACAGUUGCUGGUGGAUUUGAGUUGCCGCAAGCGUGCGGCACAAACGUUGUGGCAAGCAGGCGACGAGGAUGAGGAUGAGGCAGCGCACAAAAUGACCAAACUGGAGGCCAUCAAAUGCGAAACCGAAGACAACGAAGACGUCGAUGUCGAUGUCGAUGUGGAGGCCGAAGCGGAGCCCGAAGCAACAACAACAACAACCACAACAACAACAACAACAUCGACGGCAACCGAAGCGAAAUUGCUGCUGCCGGUGAAGCAGGUGAAACUGUUUAAACCGUAUUUGCUGGAUGAACGCGAGACGCAGCUGGAGCUGCGUUUGCACGACGCUGAGGAUGAGGAAGCGGAAGAAACGGAACGUGAGGCGGAUGCCGAUGAGGAGGAGCAACAGCAACGGGAGCAACGGGAGCAACCACAGCAAAGGGAGCCCAUCAUUUGGAGCAAUGCGCCGUUGGCUGCAGCGAGUUGCUUUCAGUCGCCGCCAUUGCUGAUGCAGCUGCCACAUGCCACAACGACGGCAGCCACAAGCUCAAUGCCGGCAUUUCCCGCCGGGAGUCCUCAGCAUCAGUUUCACGGCGGCAACAACAGCUGCAGCAGCAGCAGCAGUUCCAUCUCCAGUUCCAGUUCCAGUUCCAGUUCCAGUGGCAGCGACUGCUCCAAGCCAUCGACGCCACAAAGCGUGCUCAGUCCAUUUUCGGCGCCGGCGCUCUCACCCACCGGCUUCUGUUGCCCCAAAGGUUCGCCCGUGUCUGGGUACGAGAGCAGCAGCAGCACCUACAGCGACAGCAGCAGCAGCCACAGCAUGUGUCACAGCAGCAGCAGCAACCACAGCAGCAGCAACGGCAACGGCAACAGCAACAGCUCCACUCAUGGCUACAGUCUCCAGUUGCAGUUGCAUGCCGCCGUCUACAACGAUCACAUGAUACGCAUGAAGCAACAACAGCAACAGCAGCAACAACAGCAGCAACAGCGGCAGCAGCAACCAUUGCUGCCACAACAGCAACAGUUGCUGCAACGUUGGCUCGAUCAGGAGGCGCUGGUCGCCUUAGGGGCGCCACGCCUUACGCCUCCGCUGACAGUUGCCGAAGCUGCUGCCGCCGCCGCUGCAGCCGCUGCUGUUGCAGCAGCAACCACAACGCCCAGCAAUAAUGCUCGCGCAUUGCUGGCCUAAAAGAGUGAGGGAGAUCGAAAGAGUGAGUGAGACAGAGACAGAGAGAGAGAGAGAGAGAGAGAGAGGAAGCGACAAUACAAUCCCACCAAGCAGGGGGGCGUGGCCAUGGGCCUGGUCCUUGGCCUUGUAAGUUAAUUAUACAUUAAUAACAAUAAGAAUAAAUACAACAAAAAAAAGAAAUAUACUU